UCGGUCGUAGCUUAGGCGGUGGGCGCUGCGGAUCGAUGAGGUGGCCGGUUGCGGCGUUAUAUCUGGUUUUCGUAGGGAUAUGCCUUAAUUAAGAAAGGCGCCUUUUUCUUCAUAAUAUUUAUUUGCACAAUAUAUAUUUGUUAAAAUUAAAAAAAAAAAAAAUUAUGUCCAAAAUUUGGAUUAGAUUUAGCAAUAUAUCUCGUUAACGCAUAUUACAUGAUCAUUUUCUUAAUAUUAUUUGCGCGCGUGAAAUCCCCUUCAUCUCUGUUUUCCUGUUUCGACUACACAUGGCCAGAAGAAGAGGAGAAACUACCGAUUGGAGUUGCCCUCCACUCUUUGGUGACUUGGCUGAUGGUGCAAGGGAAUUGAACCGAAAGAAAAGGCAAAGAACAAUCAUAGCUUCAACUAGAAUCGGAUUCCGCCACACCAAACUGGAACUUCAUAAAGGAUGACCCUAAAGAGAGGCUCAGGCAAAAGGGAAUUCUUUCCUUAAUUAUUCCCUCGACUUUAAUAAAUCAUUGUCCCAUCUUUAUGGGUUAUGGCGACCCUUUCCAUAGUUCAUCCCAACUCCAUCUUGUGCGAAACACCCCUCUGCAAUGUCACAGAAGUUCUAUUGCAUGACGAUGAGAAUGAACAUCGACUGCGAUGGCUGCUAUCGUAAGAUCCGCAGAGCUCUUCUUCAAAUACAAGAUUUGGAGAGCCAUUUAAUCGAGAAGAAGCAGAGCAGGGUGAGCGUGCGCGGGGUGUUCAUCCCGCAGGAAAUUGCGAUAAGGAUAAGGCAGAAGACUAAUCGGCGAGUCGAGAUAUUGGAGAUCAAGGAAAUGGAUGUUAGCCAUGAGAUCAGCAGUAGAACUACUGUAGCCCAGAGGCCCCCUCAAGUUAAUUAGCCAUUCUCGGUGUAUUAAUUAUUUAUAAUUAAGAAGAUUGUCUAUCUUCUGAACUAUAGAUUUGAUGUUAUAGAAAUACGAAUAGUGCAUGGAAGCAGGGUAACACGGAAGGGAUUCACCAUUUUAAUUAACAUGAUCUCGCCUCCGGCAUGCGUAAACAAAAGUUCCAAGUUUAUCAUAAAUACUUAGCCAAAUGGUAAAUUAAGUAAUUGGAUCUUAAUGGUGAUCUUAAUUCUCCAUCUUCAACUCGAAUGCUUUUGGUUAUAACUUGUUCAAGGACACUUGGGGCGGCCUUCCUGCGUCUUCCAGUUGUUGUAGCAGGCGCAGGUCUCCUUGUUGCCGUAGGUGCCCGGCGGCACGCACAGGCACUUG